GGUUUUCCCCAGCGCCCUUCUUGCCCCUGUGCCAGGUCCCCACACACACUGCAGCGCUGCCCGAAGGAGGAGAUAGCCUAGCUCGGGCCGGCGGCCAAUCAUUCGGGAGGCGGCAGCAAAGGGCCGAGCCACGGGCGGUACAGUCACUCUGAAAACUUGAGUGUGCGAGGCGGACUCCCAGACAGCAGGCUGCCGGAGAGCCCCAGCGUACCGGAGACCCCAGCGUACAGGAGACCCCACACAGGAGGCUGCGAGUGCACUCCCGGAUCCCCAGCUGACUCUCCUCCUAUCUGCACACCGAUUCUUAUUGCCUCCUUUGUCCUCUUUCAAUAUGGUCUGGAGGACCCCCAUGCUGCUGGCCACUCUGGCUGUGUGCUGCAUCUCUCCAGCCUGGGCUGAUCUCAAGUCUAAAAGUUGUUCGGAGGUCCGGAGACUUUAUAUAGCGAAAGGUUUCAACCAGAACGAUGCCCCUAACCAGGAGAUCAAUGGCGACCACCUAAAGGUCUGUCCACAAGGUUCCACCUGCUGCUCCCAGGCCAUGGAAGAGAGAUAUAGCCAGCAAAGCAAACAUGACUUCAAGGCUUCAGUCAUCGAACCAUGUAAUAAUCUGCAGAAUAUUUUUGCUUCCAGGUACAACAAAUUUGACGAAUUUUUUAAAGAACUCCUUCAAAAUGCUGAAAACUCCUUAAAUGAUAUGUUUGUCAGGACUUACGGACGUUUGUACAUGCAGAACUCAGAGCUGUUUAAAGAUUUCUUUGUGGAACUUAAAAACUAUUAUGUUGGUGGUAACGUCAACCUUGAAGAGAUGCUGAAUGACUUCUGGGCACGACUUCUGGAGCGUAUGUUUCGGCUAGUGAAUCCACAGUACCACUUCACAGAUGAAUACUUGGAGUGCGUAAGCAAAUACACCGACCAGCUCAAGCCAUUUGGAGAUGUUCCGCGUAAACUCAAGCUUCAAGUCACUCGAGCAUUUGUGGCAGCUCGAACCUUUGCACAGGGGUUAGCAGUCGCAAGAGAUGUGAUCAACAAAGUGUCUUCGGUAAAUCCUACACCUCAUUGUGUACGAGCAAUAAUGAAAAUGACAUACUGUCCUUACUGUCGUGGGCUUGUUACUGUAAAGCCAUGCAAUAACUACUGUAUGAAUGUAAUGAGGGGCUGCCUCGCCAAUCCCGGAGACCUUGAUACAGAGUGGAACAACUUCAUAGAUGCUUCCCUUCAGGUGGCAGAGAGAUUAGAGGGACCAUUUAACAUUGAAACUGUCAUGGACCCAAUUGAUGUGAAGAUUUCUGAUGCCAUCAUGAACAUGCAAGAAAAUAGUAUGCAGGUCUCUCAAAAGGUUUUCCAAGGAUGUGGUCAACCUAAGCCUCUUUCACAAGUAAGAACCUCUCGCUCGGUUUCUGAAAGUAACUUCAACAUGAGGUUCAGAUCCUAUGGCCCAGAGGAACGACCAACUACAGCGGCUGGGACUAGUCUAGAUAGGCUGGUGGCUGAUGUGAAAGAAAAGCUGAAGUCUGCCAAAAAAUAUUGGUCUUCCCUACCCAACAGCAUUUGUAAAAAUAACUGGACUUCAGGAGCCAAUGAAGAUGAAUGCUGGAAUGGAAGUGACAAAAGCAGGUACCUGUACGCAGUAAUGGGAAACGGUUUGGCAAAUCAGAAGAACAACCCUGAUGUACAAGUUGAUGUCACAAAGCCAGAUAUAGUUAUCCGUCGCCAAAUCAUGGCGCUGCGUAUUAUGACAAACAAAAUGAAGGGGGCUUACAAUGGCAAUGAUGUGAACUUUGUUGAUUUUAGUGAUGAAAACAGUGGGGAAGGAAGUGGCAGUGGCUGUGACCCACAGAAGUGUACAAAUGAAUUUGAAUUUAAGACAACAGAAGAGAUUGUUCCAAAGGUUAGAAAAGGGGAAGAAAAAGUGGAGAAACCUACAGCCGGUUCUACCAACAUGACUUCUUCACUAGCGGUCCUACUUUGUUGCAUCUUGUUUACGGUGUGUCAGUGGAGAUAAUACAAAAUGGAAUUUUCAUCCUUUCAAAAUAAACUGUUCUCCAUAAUGGAAAUGCACCUUGUUCCACUUUUGUAUCACCCAAUGACUUUGCUUUCUAUGUCAACGGACAAAGGUGUAUUAUUACUUUUUAAAGUGUUGCUACUGGGGUAAGCAUUGGAUUCACCCAGUCACUGUCACUUACUAUCAUGGAAAUGAAAUGGACCCUGCAAAUUGUCCAAGUUUAAUAAGGUUGAAGUGGCAAACACCUUGUAUAUACAGAUCUAUAGUUAGCGAUGCAUAUGUGUAUUAUCACAUUUCCAUACAGUUAAUCCCAAGGUAUAACUUAGGCAUAUAACCAGUCUGCUUUUUAUGAGAAAUCUGUACCACAGCAUUUUUUUUUUAUUUAUCAUAUGUUUUGGAAAGAGAAAAAAAUGAUCAAGCAGCCAGCAAAAAAAAUAUGCUUUUUUUUUUUUAUUUUCCAGUUAUCUGACAUUUUACUAUAGGUUUCUAAAACAGUUACUGAGAGGUAAAGAUAUUGGGUUUUGCCUAAGCUAUUGCAGUUGGUAUUGGCAUAAGUACAUGGUGGACAUCGAGAAAAAACUUUUAAUCCCAUCACUGUUUAAUAUUUUAUACACCCAUUAUUUGACACAAGCAGAAUGUAUCUGCCCUGUUGAUACUAGAAAGAAGUUAGGACUUUUUGUAGUUUUAUUCAGAUUCUUACCCUGAAUAUAUAUAUAUAUAUAUAUAUAUAUAUAUAUAUAUUAUUAUUUUUUUAAACCGUUGCAACAUUACAACAAUUUUUGUCAAAUUAUGUAUGUAUGCGUGUAUGAUGUGGAUUUGCAUUUAUUAGUGGUACUGCUGACAGUGGAAUGAAAUACCGUUCGUUUGGCUAUGACUAAUUUUCCACUGUUAUUAAAGGAUACAGUCAUUUUUGUACUUCAUAUUUGUAGUAAUUUUGGAAGAAUUCAGCUAAAAACCAGCUGCUCAUUGAUACAAGAAUCUUUGUUAAACAAAGAUUUUAUUGCCAGGGAGUUGGGCCCAUGCUUAUCUACUGGCCUCUAAUGUUGGCCUUAAAAUUUCUGGACUUUUGCAAAGAUUCCCAUUUUAUAGGUACUGUCCAGAAUUGUACAUUUUCAAGAAAAACUAUAUAGUAUUUUCAGAUCGUUUCCGAAAGUAUUAGACUAAAAACUGCCAGUUUCAGCUGCUGAAAAGUAUUUUUUGCCUUAUAUCUAUCUAUAGUGUUCAUAUCAGAAAUUCAACUUAUCAGCUCAGGGUCAGCAUUUUCUUUAUGGUACGCUAAAAUCUUCAAGCCAAGUCAAAUAUCCACUUUUUAAGUGAAUAUUUAAUUGUUUACCAUCCUAAAUGGCUGCUCCAUAUUUUAUAUAUAUAUAUAUAUAUAUAUAUAUAUAUAUAUAUAUAUAUAUAUAUAUAUAUAUAUUUGUGUGUGUGUGUAUAUAUAUAUAUAUAUAUAUAUAUAUAUAUAUAUAUAUAUAUUAUUUUUUUUGUUUUUUUAAAGUGACCUCUAUAUAGCAAGGUCAAGUUUAACCAUCACCCACAGUUACAAGCGAAAAGCUAAUUGACUGGUAUAUUUGUACAUAUAUAAUUUUUUUAAUAGAAUACAGAAUAAAAUUAAUUUUUUUUUAAACUUUUUUUUUUCCACACUGUUUUGUAUCAAUGCAUUAAUCACAGAAUAUUUAAAAAUUCAACCUUUGGCCCUUUUUAUGAUGAUUUGAUGAAUCUUAACUCAGCCUGUUAUUUAUUAAAUAUGUUAAUAGCGAGUGCAUUUCUGGUAGUUUUUUUUUAUUUUGUUUUAAGUUUUGCUCCAUGAAAAAAAAAAUGCAAAAAAAAAUAGUAAUGUAUUAAAUUUGUGUGGGAGAGAUUGUAAAUAGUUUUAGAAGAGAUGUGAGAAAUUGGAAAAUGUGCUGAAAUUUUAGUAACUACCUCAAUUCUGAGGAAUUUCCUUUUGAGCUUUGAGGGCUAUUACUUUUUUAGUAUGAGUGAGUCUGGUCUCUGUAAUGCAGCUAGAGGUUUUAUCCCUGCAGACCUCGUUAGAUGCAUUAAACUAUACCCAUCUGGUUUUUCUUUAGUCAGGGUUUUUAAUUCUGGAUAUAUUUUACCUCCUGUUUACUGAAAAGGAGAUAGAAUACCCCAAAACUUCAAUAACUUCCUAAUGUUGAAUGGUUAGCAUUUUUUAACCUAUUAACUUAAUUUCUAGUGCCUUUUGAGCUCAGACUUGUAAAGACAUUUCCAAUUCUUAUACCAUGAUCUACAGAAAUCUUACACAUCGUAAAAUAAGUAGGGAUUUUUCAUCUCGAAGUGUAUCAAACACAUUCAACAUUAUUGUAUUGUUAAUUGUGGCCAUUUAAAAAAAAAAAUCUCACAUAUCUCUCAAUUUAUAAAUAUAUAUAUAUAUAUAAAAACUUCUGUUUAUAGAAUAAAUUGAUAAUUCUUUCUAUCCAAUAUUAUACCCAAAACUUCCAUGUUGCAUAUUUUAGUGGCUUUUUUUUUUUUUUUUUUUUUUUUUAAAAUUUGCUUACUUUACUAAACAACAUUUUUAAUCAAUUUAUUGAGGUUUUCUAAAAUCAGACUUUAGAAUUUUUUUACAUCAGGUCUUCAAUAGUUGGGAGAGCCCUUUGCGAAACAAAUGUAAGGUGCUGCAACAGUGCUCUUUAAGAAUUGUAUGUAUAUAGACAGUUUGAAUACGUCAGAACAAAAAUGUAUUUUUAUAAAAAAAAAAUCUUAAAUUACAGAUUUUAACACAUGCCAAGUUGUUGUUUUUAGUUUUUUUAAAUACACUUGCCAUUUCUUUUCUGCAUAUACAGUGACCUGGAGCAAAUACAUUUUAGAAUACAGGAAUAUUAAAACCACAUUUGCUAAGUUAUCUUUUUAGAAGAACGCUAAAUGAAAUAUACACAGUUAAUAAAGCUAGUGAUAACUUUGCAGCAACUCUUUAAAAUAUAUGGAUGAAAUGGACCAGUCUAUAUUUCUGUUUAGGUAUGUUAAUAUUUAUUUAAGCUAUGAAGGAAACCACAGUUAGUUGUAUAUGAAUCUAUUAGGUGUGAAUAUAUAAUUGUAUACAUGUAAUGCAUAUAUGCACACAAAUGUAAUUAUCUACAAAAAUGUGCAGACAAAAGAGAGAAAACUGUUAUUUGUAAGCCACUUUUGCUACAAAAAAAGCCUUUGAGAAAAAAAAAAGCUCCUUAUUCAUGGAUAUACAAUACCCCCAAUAGAUUACAAAAUAAUUAGAAAAAAGUAAAUACAUUUCUUUAUUAUCAAACUUGUAAUGUAUACAGUGCAACAAAUGUUUUAGGUCUGAAGUUCUAGACAGAAGAACAAAUGUAUUAAUUUAUAUAUAAUUGCAUCUUUUCAAUGUAUUAAGAGAGAUCUGUCUGCAUUUGUGUGUGUAUUUUUUAAUGCAAAAUUAUUCAUUGUAACAAUGUAUUCAUUUUAUGACGCACAGUCCUUCAUUGCUUUUAAUGUAUGAUAGCGUUCCAACUGGUUCUUCCUUAUAAUUUUUUCUUUAUUAAUAAAUGUGCCUUUUAAAUGUAGAACAUUGUUUUCCACCUGUGGCUGUCGUGUUAAAUACAACUUUUAUAAAAAUCAGCCAUAUAUUUUAUCUAUAAUACUUGUAUAGAGUUUUGAGGGCAUACAUAUUUGUGGUAAGCUAAAAGCCAUUUUAAAAAACGUUUUUUUGCCUUUUUAUAUAUAUUUUUUUGUUUUUUUGUCACCUUCAAAAUAAACAUUAAAAAGUAAACCACAAGCAGACAUUACAACCACAAAUGAGGAAUACAUACAAGUUAUAUAUAUGAUUUCCACUUUUCAUUCUUAAAAUAUAUUUUCGAUGCACUAAAAAGUUGUAUUUUAUUGCGUCCUGUAGCUUUUGUAGGUAGCAGAAUCAACUUUUACUGAAAUUGUUUGCACAAACCAAAACCUGAUAGUUACAUAGUAACUAUGUAAAAAAAUAUAUAUAUUAAAGAGAAAUGUCAAAUUUA